CCACUCACUUUGGACUCAGCGGGAUCUCAGACUAUCUCAUAUCAAGUGAUGGGAAUAGUACCAAUAAAGAUCGAUACAUAUCGACAUGCCAUCGUAUCAAAAGUUGGCCGGAUAAGUAUCCAGAGCUUUUGUUUGGAGCACAAUAUAUAAAGGUAGGAGGGUGAUGUAGAAAAGUAUAGGACUGUCAGAGUUUCCUUGGAAGCCGUUCCUCUUUUAUGUGACAUCGCUGCUAGUCACUUUUUUUUGUCAGAUGUUAUGAAAAAUUUUUUUCGCCUCAAAAGCAAACGCUCUUUUAUACAUCUCACUAUUCUUGAAUCUAAGACAUGGACAGAUUUAGUCGACACCUGAUACAAUCCUGGUGCAUACAGCGCAACACGGUUUUAAGCCAAACAAUUUCUUACCUUCUGCGCCAUGGAACAGGUAAAGAAGACUUAAAUAUUGAACCAGCUAGCUGGUUUUAAGUCGCAGAUUUCCAACUAAGAACACUUGAAGGCUCGACACUUUAUAUGGUUGCAAGCAGCGAUAAAUGAUAUUUACAUUGAUAAAUGUAAACGGAGUAUUUAUGAUAACAGCAAAUCAAGGUUUCUUUCUUUGAAUUGUUUUGAUGUUGUAUGCUGAUUCUGAUAGGCUCAUAGAUCAAAAGUAGUGAUGGUAAAUGGACUAAUCCUUCUAUGAGCAGAAAGAAAUUUCAAAAGGUUCAAAAAAUUCUGUUAAUCCUCCGAUUUUGUACAAAUAAAAAUUAAGAACAUGGAGAAGCGUUGUGAAACUUGUGACUUGUAUUUGCUGGAUGAAUAUGCAUUCCAAGGGCACAUGAAAGGCAAGAAACAUUUAAAAAAUGUUCAGCAAAUGGAGCGUAAAAAAGGAGAAGCUGCUCGGUCAGUUUUUGUGACGUGGGGAGCAUGUCACUUUUCCCCUGAAGAUCUGUUGAUCUACCUUGCGAAAUUCGGUACUUUGCAAAGAUACAAGUUUGGACCUAAUUUCAAUUAUGGCAUCAUUCAAUUUCAAGACAGUAAACCUGUCGAUAUUUUGUUAAACGCGAAGAGUUUACAACUCCAUGGAACGAGAUUAGAAGUAAAACCAAGGACAGUGUAUCAAAAUAACUCGGUUCCAAAAAAUAAUAAUAAAGCACACGUCGAAGGAAUGAAGAAACAAGAGAGUGAAACUAGUUUUGAACAUCUCAAGCCAAUUUUCGAACAAGGGAAUGGUUUUGAUGAUCAGUUGAGCUCAUUUUUGAACGCAAUUGCGCUUAGUCAAACUGAAAUCGAGACGCUGUACGAAUCAGUUUGCGUAAACUUAAACCGCUUAUUUCAACAGAGUUUCCCCAAAUGUAAAACGAACAGGUUUGGCUCGACGGUGACUGAACUCGGAUUCAAGAACUGCGAUCUGGACAUUUAUGUGGACAUAGGAGAGCCGUUAAGCAACGAUGACGAUAGACGCCCUUACGUAUGGACGCUCAAAAAAGUGUUUGGAGAGGCGAAGAGGCUCUUAUUUAGAAAGCCAAACAUGUUUAAUAAAGUUAUACCAAUUCCCAAAGCUAAGACGCCAAUUAUAAAAUUUUGCAACGUAUCGACAAACAUUUCUUGUGACUUGUCCUUCAGAAAUAGUUUAGGUGUUCAUAACAGUCUUCUCAUCAAACACUACCUAUCGUUGGAUGUUCGUCUCAAACCACUGAUGUUGGUAAUUAAAUAUUGGGCGAAGCACUGCGAUAUUUCGACUGAAACGCGAGGAGGACGGAUAACAAACUACGCUCUCGCAAUGUUGUUUAUUUUCUAUCUUCAGCAAACUAACGUCAGCUUGGUACCUCCCGUCAUAGACUUAAAGAGGACUUGUCAACCCAAAAUCAUUGAGGGCUGGCAAGUGAACUUCGAUAAAACUCUUCGACAUCCUUUAUCAGAUAAGAAGAGCACGAUUCCUGAGUUACUCCAUGGGUUUUUUAAAUUUUAUGCUAAUUUCAACUUCAAGCAAAAUGUUAUUUGUCCUGUGGAUGGUAAUGUCUACUCAAAAGAUAUUUUCAAAGACGUAAACAGUCUCCCGGAAAGCAUGCACAGGUACAAAGAUUAUGUUAACAAAAGUGGAAAUAAUUUCCAACUUAAUGUACAGAAGCCCAUGUGCAUACAAGACCCAACCGAACUCAAUCACAAUUUCACCGCAAAUGUUUCCGAUAUCCUUCUUGCCAUUUUUCAAAAGCAUUGCUCCGUUUCGGCAGAAGUCUGUCAAAAUGCGCUAAAAAGCAGCUGUUCGCAGCUGCUUCUAAAUUUGUUUACCAUCAUGCCAGAAGUAACCAAAAGCAAGGCAAAAAAAGUUGUCAUCCAAGUUCCGAUGAGAAAUUUCCAAGUUGGUCUACCUGUUGAUUUCGAUACACGCACUGACAUCUCUGACAAGGAACAGUUCAUUAGGGAGAAUUGGUACAAUGUAGUCUUUAACAUAGUAAAAGGUACUUUUGAGAUGGUCUUUAAACUCAAAGUAUCGAUCACCCUUGUCAACAGGGAACAGAAACAACAAAAGAUGGAAGUGGAGUCUGACGUGCACACUGCAGACAAUCAGAAGAUUGUCCUUCAUUGUACGGGAAAUCGUUGCUUGUGGAAGAAUCGGAAGUGCAAAUUGCUCGCCUUAGAUCCUAGCUACAGUGCCCUUGAGAAGGAAGUGAUUAUUUCUGACACGAUUCUGAAAAACUCUAAACAAAUUACUGAAAAUAAAAUAAACUUGAAUUUAAAUUGCAUCUUCGAAAAAAAGCAAAAUCCGCCUCAUGUGAUCAUAAGUCUCAAUGACAAUGAUAGUGGUAAGUUAUUUGCCGAAUUUGCAAAUUUCUUUAGAGGCAAGAUGCCAAGCAUUAUCGAGAAAACUUUGUUACACAUGGUACAAUAUAAAAAAAGCUUGAAUAAAAAUGACAGAUCUUACGACACCAAUACUACCUAACCAAGAACAUUGGUUUAUAAAGAAAAUCAGUUGUAUGAAAUUAAAAAUUUUAACUAUUUACAAAAAAUCCAAAUAUUUGUUUAGCCGCACUCUACGUUUUUAAAAUGCAAAAUCUUCAUUUCAAAUAACCUAUAAGUGAUAUAGUUGUAUAUUUUAACGUAAUUCAUAACAAAAUUAUUUUAACAAAAUCAGCGAUGAAUCUGGCAUAAUAAUAUUUUAUUUAUUUAUGAAAAUAGUUAUGUACUUUCCAGUUUCAACCUCCUACAAUCGAAAGAACUUGCGUUUUGAAUUUGUGAAGUUGAAAAAAUGUACUUACACAAAAAAAAGGCAAAAAAUGCAAUAGGGUGAGCUUUCAAGAUUGUUUAUGUUAAUAUUAAUUUUUAUCUCUUUCUAACUUUUUCACAUUAUGACAGACUACUUAAGUUAUUUUGAAUGAAUAACCGAUUAGACUAAUUCGAAGUAUAGAUUAAGUAGUAUAAGCAACUCUCACUUUGAUGUAAGGUGAUUCUGCGCUCUGUAUUUUUUUCUCAGAUGUAUUUAAUACAAUACUAGUGCCUGUAGCAGGGAAGUUUUUUGCAACAAUAGUUUUGAUACAGCGUUGAGUCGAAAACUCUACGGAAAAAGCUCUUAUUCCAACACUGUUUCCAUAGAUGAAACUAACCUGAGUGACUUACAAAUAAAAUAUUAUAUUUGAAAGAGCCUUUUCAUGAGAAAAAUGUAGUAUUUUAUUUUAUUUUAUGACAAACGUACAAUUUUCAUGAUAGUUGUAUAAUUUAUAUUUUGUUAUGUAGGGAACACGCAUAACACGAUUGUCAUUAAAUAUGUUUCAGAUUGUGAAUAAAUACUUCCCGAAUGAA